GAUCACACAAACAAAACAUUAAAGAAAAUUAAUAUCUGCCGCAACACCUAGGGGUAACUUUUAAUACAAAUAAUUACACACUUUUAAAUGGUUUGCGAUAAGUGUGAGUCCAAAUUGACGAAGGUAUCGGCGCCUAAUCCUUGGCGAACUACCAAUGCAACUGCCGGAGGACGCAAAAUCAACGAGAACAAGGCACUCUCCUCUUCCAAGGAGCGUUACAAUCCCAUGGGCAAUAGCUUGGCACCUUGCCGCAUAUGCAGACAGAAGGUGCAUCAAAUGGGAGCGCACUAUUGUCAGGCGUGUUCCUAUAAAAAGGCGAUCUGCGCAAUGUGCGGCAAGAAGAUAUUGAAUACAAAGAACUAUAAGCAGAGCGCAACAUAACAACGGUUUGUUUUUUACAAAUUAAUUUUAAGUAAAUAAUAUGCAUUAACAAAUAGUUCAACGUUUAAGCUUAGCAUAUCAAAAAUUUUAAUUAAAUAAUUUAAAUGUA